AUGAAAAUGUCAUUUCCUAACGACCGGGGUCCCUGGGACACAAGCAAUGGUCCGGACUUUCCGGGAUACCCAGGCGACAUCAACGGCUAUCCCGGACUUUGGGACCCCCACCACUGUCUUGCAGGCCAAAAUCCGGCCCUCGGUGGAUACCCAGACAUUUUAACAGCGUUCAACUCAGAUUUAGUGUGGCAGAGACAGCAAUGUGGAGGGCUCGUUGCUAACCGUUUGGGAAGGAACGGGACACCUAAUGGGUCCCAAACGCCGAAAAAGACAAGAAGGAGGGUUGCCACAAUUGCACAAAGGAGAGCGGCUAACAUCAGGGAAAGGAGGAGGAUGUUCAAUUUGAACGAGGCCUUCGACAAGCUGAGAAGGAAGGUACCUACAUUUGCCUACGAGAAACGACUCUCCCGCAUCGAAACACUUCGCCUGGCGAUAACCUACAUCAGCUUCAUGACGGAGCUUUUGCACGGACACCCUGCAGAUCACAAGAAUUCCGACAUCUACCCUCAGAGGGAGUACAUACCUUACGGCCUUAUAAAUUAA